AAGCUCAGUAAAUUGAGUGAAGAGACCACAGAAGGCUAGGAAGAUUGUGUGAUAAUCCCAGCCAUCAUCUCCCUUCUCAGAUGCUGCGCUUGUGGGACAGCGGCCAGUGUCAGGGGACUCUGGGGCACUCUGGCAGUCUGUGUGCGGGUCAGGAGAUAACAGACACCACAGGGCAGCCAGGCAGGCGGUGGUGAGGGGAGCAGAGAGAUGAAAGCAAAGGACAAAUGAGACAGACUGAUUGACCUGAAAAGGAUACUCAAAAGACGAGACAAACGUGGACAGUCAACAAGAGUUCGAGGGGGGAAAAAAACGGGGCAAUAGAAGUAGAAUCAAGUGGAAAAGUUUUCCACAACUUGUCCGGGCCAAAUCCGUCUCCUCUUGUGGACUCUCGCUGAACCCUCAUCCUGUUUUUUUUCCUUUAACUCCGCUAAUACUUUUGUUUUUGUCCCCCCUCCAGGCGGACACCAUGAACUACGUGGGCCAGCUGGCAGGUCAGGUGCUGGUUACGGUGAAAGAACUGUAUAAGGGCAUUAAUCAAGCCACGUUGUCUGGCUGCAUCGAUGUUGUGGUCGUCCGCCAGAGAGAUGGCACCUACCAGUGCUCACCAUUCCACGUGCGCUUCGGCAAGCUGGGUGUGCUGCGCUCCAAAGAGAAAGUGAUCGACAUCGAAGUGAAUGGAGAGGCUGUAGACCUGCACAUGAAACUUGGAGACAAUGGCGAGGCCUUUUUUGUCCAGGAGGCUGAGCAGCAGAAUCAGAUUGUCCCCGCCCACUUGGCCACCUCCCCAAUCCCCACUGAGAGUCACCUAUUCUGGAUCUCUGAGGUGGAGCACAGGCCACCAAAAGAUUUGGAAGAUGACCCCGCUGAGCGAGAGGAUCCACCUGAGCCUCCUGCUCCCAGUACAGUGGCUACAAAAAAGAAGAAGAGACGGAAGAAGAAACACAAAGGAGACCCUCGAAGAGAGGAGCUGACCCCACCCAUGUCAGUCACUACUGGUAACGCUAUUGCUGCUAAUGCACCUGCUGCUGCUACAACUGCUGCUAUGUCCAGCACUGUGCAAAACGAGGAGAUCUUUGAGAUGGAUCUGAGUUCUGAUGACGACGUUGCAACACAUGUCUCGAGGUCACCUUCAGUAACCACAAUACGAGACAUUGACCCCAAAUUACCUGCAGCCAGACACAGCAUUGAUGGUUAUCCGCUGUCAGAUGGAGAGUGGCGGGCAGAUGACAGUCUUGGCUUGUCUCAGGCUUUUUCCCCAAAGAGUGACUCUGAACUGGUAGUGAGGCCUUCAGAGAGUCUGCUCAGAGCUGAGUCCCACAUGCAGUGGACCUGGGGAGAGUUUCCAGAAACAACCAGGGUCACCAAAAAAGAGAAACCAGAACUACUAAAAACCGUGACCAUCACCCCUUCAGAGAGCACCCACUUCCGCGUCAUCCUCAGCUCCGAGGCCAUGGAGAACGAGAGCGAGAUCGAAAAAGAAGACUCCUCAGUUUGUACCAUCAUCAAGCCACAGCCACGCACCCCUAUCACCACUCUAACACCUGAGGACCCUCUCACAUCUGUGAGCACUGCAACUGGUGUGAGUCCUAUAACUCCCUCGGAGCCUCUGGAUGUCCUGCCCUCCAGUGUGAUGACCUCCACUCCUACUAACAGCCAACAGAGCGAUUCCCCCUCUAAAAAGAAAGGUGUCCCAAAGAGGAGCCAGCAUCAGGGUCCUGAGGAUAUCUACCUUGAUGACCUGAAUGUACUUGAACCUGAUGUUGCAGCACGAUAUUUUCCUAAGAGUGAGUCUGAAGCAGCCACUAAGCACUGGAUGGACUCGGAGAUGCCCUCUGGUUCACAGUCUCCACAGUCGGUAGGAAGUGCAGCAGCUGACAGCGGGACCGAGUGUCUUUCGGACUCAGCUAGCGACCUUCCUGAUGUCACUCUUUCCUUGUGUGGAGGCCUUACAGAGAAUGCAGAGAUAUCCAAAGAAAGAUUCAUGGAGCAUAUCAUCACCUAUCAUGAAUUUGCUGAGAAUCCAGCAAUUAUAGAUAACCCCAACCUGGUAGUAAAGAUAGGAAAUAGAUAUUAUAACUGGACACUAGCUGCACCUUUGAUUCUAAGUCUGCAAGCAUUUCAGAAGAAUUUACCAAAGGCCACAGAGGAGGCCUGGGUGAAGGAGAAAAUGCCAAAGAAGUCAGGCCGCUGGUGGUUCUGGCGGAAAAGGGCGGAUAGUACAAUCAAACAGUCAGAGACUAAGCUCGAAACAAAGGAGGAGUCUCAUUUGGAGGAGGAAGGACCCUCCAUACCUCAGGAGAAGCUGGUCUUACCUCCUAAAGCAGGAGACUCGUCCAGCGAUGAAGAGGGCAAGGAGGUCAGUGCUGCAUCCUGUCAAGAGAGACUUCAGCCAAUUGAUGGUCAGCACCACGCUAGCCCACACGCUUACAGGAAGUCACUACGCCUCUCUUCUGAUCAGAUAGCCAGUCUGAAACUGAAGGAGGGGCCUAAUGAUGUGACAUUUAGCAUCACCACACAAUACCAGGGCACGUGCCGCUGUGAAGGCACCAUCUACCUGUGGAACUGGGACGACAAAGUCAUUAUCUCUGACAUUGACGGCACCAUUACCAAGUCAGAUGUGUUUGGACAGAUUUUGCCACAGUUGGGGAAAGACUGGACCCACCAGGGCAUUGCCAAGCUCUACCACUCAGUAGCAGAGAACGGCUACAAGUUCUUGUACUGCUCAGCGAGGGCUAUUGGCAUGGCAGACAUGACAAGGGGUUACCUGCAGUGGGUCAAUGAUGGAGGCACCAUCCUGCCCCGGGGACCUCUCAUGCUGUCUCCCAGCAGCCUCUUCUCUGCCUUCCACAGGGAAGUCAUUGAGAAGAAACCAGAGAUCUUCAAGAUUGAAUGCCUUACAGACAUCAAGAACCUGUUCCAGCAUAACAAGCAGCCAUUCCACGCCGCCUUUGGGAAUAGAACUAAUGAUGUGUUUGCCUAUAAGGAAGUAGGAGUUCCAGUGUGCAGGAUCUUCACAGUCAACCCCAAGGGAGAGCUGAUCCAAGAGCAGACAAAGGGCAACAAGUCCACUUACGGCCGGCUCAGUGAGCUGGUGGAGCAUGUGUUCCCUCUGCUGAGUAAAGAGCAGAAUGAGGCCUUUGCCAUGCCAGAGUUCAGCUCAUUCUGUUACUGGAGACAGCCUAUACCCGACAUUAACCCUGAUGAGCUGUUGUGAUCCAGCACGCACGGACACUCAGGUAUACAUACUCAUGUAUACACACGGAGCGGGCACUUGAAAGUAUCUUCAGGAAAAACUUGGACUGGACUGGAUCCCCAUCUUCCUUCUGUAAUACUCCAAACUGAUGCUCACAAAGACCCAGAGUGUGAACACAGAAAAAGCUGGUAAACUGUAAUUUUUAAGAUGAGUGGACGUUUUCUCCAGAAAGUGAAUCCCGGUGAUUAAUAUCUGGGAGACAAACGACUAAUCUAAAACUAAAUGAUCAGCCCAGCAGACACUCUUUAGUCCCCACCACUGUACAGGGAUAAAAAUCCUUUUGUCUCUCUAACUUCUAUCAAAGAGGAUGGUCUGCAUUUACCAUCAGGAGAGCGACUGAAGCCCCUUAGCACUAGACUCUGAGAUCCAGAAUGCGCUAAAGCUGGGCAGAAAGAAAAGACAUUGUUUUCACGAGUAGGGACAUUUUCUGAAUGUCCUUAACAAAUGAAAUGUUCAAAGCAAUUAAGUUCAUUAAAACAAGACAGUCACUAGUCACGUGCCGGAUAUAUUUUGCUGUUCAUGCCUAAAUUUAGUAGCCAGGCUGUUUUCUGUUCUAAAAAAUGAAAUAAAAUCAUGAUAGUGGUUGCUGAAUAAGACUAUACCAACUAUGAACCAUACACAGUACUUAACUUCCAGGAUCCUGCCGUAGGAAAGGUGUGUUCCCGACACUCUGGACUCUGGACUGUGGUCAUUAGUUCACUGCUGGUGGAGGCGCGAACACAUUUCCGACGGUCACUUUUCCCCUGUAGUUAAUAUCGUACCGAAUGAGUCAUGUUUGGUAUUCAGUGUUCAAGGUCGCACCUGGGAUUUACUUUUGCCAACAAGUGUGUGAUGACGCACAUUUAAACUAAAAAAAAAAAAAAAGAAGAAGAAGAAAAGAAAAAGAAAUCAACGACAAAACGAAGCAGCUUCAUGGUAUAUUGUCUUGCCGUUAUUUUAAUAUGUUUAUUCUGUUAUACAAGCUUUGGUUAAUCAAGCGUGUUUUGUUAACAAUGCAGUCAUUAUUUAUGAAAAUUGAUAUGUUUAAGUUAUUGAUUUCUAUCGUGAUGCCUUUGCUCGUCUGAAAAAUAAUAAUUUAUCACCAAUGAAAUGUGGAAAUACUUCAAAUCGGUAUUUUGUAUGCUUGAUCACAGGUUAACAUGCACUUAACAGUAACUGCUAAGCCUUGUAUGAUUUUUUUUUUUUGUCGUUUUGUUUUUUUUGUUGACAACGAUCUGUAUUCCUUGCUUUACACAUUCCUGAACCUCAGACUCCACAGCUUUAGUAUUAGAAUAUAAAAUGUAUGUGUAAAUGUCAAAGAUAACGCUUGAGUGGGAACAGUGGAGAUAAGCAGAUCUGAGAAGAGCUUAGGCUGAAGAUUUUUGGUUUGCUCGGUACCCUGUAGAAGGACUAUGGGGUGUAUGUGUGUGUGCGUGCGUGUGUGUGUGUGUGCGUGUGUGUGCAUACCUAAUCACUGAGUGCGGCUGCUGCUGCUGCUGUUGGGAUGAUCUUGCACUCUUUGCUCAUGUUCCCUCAGUGGCUUUACUAAGACUUAUCCAACGCACUUUGUCUAAGCUGCAUCAGAAAGACGCAGACUUUACACCUCGGCACACCUCUCACCCACAUGCACUUCACUUUAGGGUCUUUGUCGACGAAAAAGACCAGAGUAUGCAAUUAAAUGUGGGACGAAGAGCUGUAGUUUUACCUCUUUGAUGUGUGAGCGACACCACAGACAAAUCAGUGUAGGUAUUUGUUGGUUGCAAGGCAAAAAUGUGGGGAUGGAAAAACAAAAUCAUGUUUAUUUGGAGUGCUAAAUUAGACAUGAAGUUAGCAUCAGAGCUAGCCCUUAGCCUGCCUCUGUGUGUGUGUGUGUGUGUGUAUGUGUGUAUGUGUGUGAUUGAGUGUGUGAGAGACAGACAAAAGACUGAACCCAUGCAUCACGGCCGAGGAAGAGCCAUUGGCUCUUGUUUGGACAUAAACAGGAAAUACUUGACUGUAUGCAGGAAGCUUUUUGAAGUGCUUCAGCGUCAUUAUGUGUGUGUGUGUUGUGGGCGGACGUGCCACUCCACUGACAUGGAUCAUACCUCCAGCACAAAUGUAACAGUAACAUGGUAAUGUGUGCUCGGGAGGACGAAAAACUAGGCGAGACUUGACAGACAAAAAGCACAAUUUACGAUGACAGCUGCUUAUAUCCAGAUUGUCAGUAAUAGUUGUCGUUAUUUCGCUGAAGUGUAUCCGUGUUCACUCUGUAGUUCAGAUGACUAAAAUGCGUGUUUUGCUUUGAUUUGUUUGCUUGUUCUCUAAGACGUUUGGUGGAGUCAAAUAGAUAUCUUCUAAUUAACUAAAUGAAAUCCAUUCUUUCUAUGAAAGUAAAACAUCUUGUGUGGAAAGAUCACACUUCAUCCUCUAUGAUCCUGAGAUGUGGUAUAUAAUAUUGUUUAUUCUCUCUUCAACUGCUGUGGAAAAUGAUCCAGUGUAUGUGCUGAUCAUCACAUUCUUCUGUCUUUGAUGCCUUUUCUUUGUUUUAUUAUUUCUCUUAUAAUAGUGUAUGACCUUUUUGUGGGAUUGUGUUUGUUUUUGUUCUGUUUGGAGGUUAAUGCUUGCUAUGUGAUUGUGUCUGACCAACAGAAAUACUUUGUGUAUGCUGUGUUGAUUUGUAUAGAAAUGUGGUUUAAACUAUGUUUAAAGAACAAAAUCCAAUGUAAGAAAAAAAACAGGCCUAAUGAAGCUAACAAAGUGUGGCUUGUGGUCAUAUUUGUAUGAAAUAAAGUUUCUAACUGAA